AUGAACACGAUGGCUAGACCAGUAAAACCAAUGCAAAUUCCCAAACCUUUGACCAACGACUGCGUAUGGGAGUCUAAACUUGUGAAAGUCAGAGGCAAAGGCCAAAAUGAUGGAGAAUCCCAAAGAGCAGAGCCAUGGGUAAAUCGAGUGUGCUUGAGCGUCCAUUGCUGUGUAUCCGAGAAGCUUGAUGAUGGUUGGGGCAAAGUAGGCGUAAGAGUAAGAAGGAAUAACCAAGCAGAAGUAGAUCAAGGCUCCAAGAUAAAGCAUUGGGUCUUUGAAAACCUCAAGAACGUCUUUGACGGUUUGCUUGACCUCAAAUCCAGAGUUACCGGAGUAGAUCUCCAACUUCUUCUUCAAAAACUUCACUUCGUUGCUCUUCAAGAACUUGGCAUCUUCUGGGAAAUCGGUGAUAAGGAAGUAAAGCAAGAAUCCAAGACCAGCACUGAAGGUACCUUCAAUGAUAUAAAUCCAUUGCCAGGCCUCGAGUCCGUGAACGCCAUUCAAAUCGUAAAUUCUGUAGGCGAUAGCACCACCACAUCCACCAGCAACAGAGGUACAACUGAAGAAAAUACUAAACCGACGUUGGGCCUCAGAUUUGGAGUAGAAGUUGGCCAUGAUGUAGAAAAUUCCAGGGAAACUUCCAGCUUCGCAGAAUCCAAGAAUAACUCUGGUAGCAACUAA